GUGAGCUUUUAGCAUCUCAUGCCAAACCUGAAUGAAAACUAAAAGCAGAGAACGGUCAAUGUGAAGAGAACAAUGAUUAGAAUUAGCAGAAAAUGUAUAUUGCUGGAUGUUAAAAGAGCAAAAAUGUCUGAUGUGAUCAGAUCUGAGUCUGAGAGAGCGGAGAUUACGGUCGUUAUCUAUGAGAGUGCAGAUUGUGUGAAAGAUCAUGACUUCAGGACAGAGACAAACACACAGCAACCACAACAGCAAACAGGAAGUGAUUCAGUGAAGAUCAGAAGCUCCAGAGCAGCUGCAGUGUGUUUGGUUCUGCUGUCUGUUCUUCUGCUGACUGCAGUCACAGCGCUGUGUGUCCACAUCUAUACAAACAACACAAACUACACACAAGAGAGAGAUCAGCUACUAACCAAGAUUAACAGCCUCACAGAAGAGAGAAACCAGCUACUAACCAAGAUCAACAGCCUCACAGAAGAGAGAGGCCAGAUGUUGACCAACACUACUAACCUGAGUGAUGAGAGAGAAUGGCUACAAACUAACAACAGCAACCAUAUUCAAUUAAACAAACAGUUAAAUCAAGAGAAAAAUGAACCGUUUGAGUGUUUUAAUGGAAUGGAUGGAUGGUUAUACUAUAAAUGUAGUUUUUACUACUUUUCCUCUGAGACAAAGAGCUGGACUGAGAGCAGAAGAUACUGUACAGAGAGAGGAGCAGAUCUGGUCAUCAUAAACAACACAGAGAAACAAAAAACUGUUGAUAAAAUGCGAGAUGGCAAGACUGGAUUCUGGAUUGGUCUGACUGACAGUGAAGAAGAGGGCAACUGGAAAUGGGUUGAUGGCAGCACACUGACCUCUGGGUUCUGGGGGUUUGGACAGCCCGGUGGAAAUACAAGCGAGAAUUGUGCUGUGUCUUAUUCAUCAGUGUUUCAUGACUAUUCAUGUAACACCAAUUUUAAAUGGAUCUGUGAGAAGAACAUUUUGGAAUGAACACUUAAAGACCAGGAUUUUUUUAUAAUUUAUCAUUAGUUAUUUUUUAUAUUGUAGAUAAUACUUUUUUUUACUAUUAAA